CCGGAAGUUCCUCCCGCACGUCCGGUGUAGUGCUCCACUUGUUGCCGAGCACCAGAAGAGGAUCUGAUUUAAGAUGAUGUGAGCAGCGUCUGUUCCUGUCGCCAAGGUCCCCGGUCUCACAACAUGUCUCGGCUGAGAGGAGCCGCUCUGCUCGGUGCUGCGCUCGCGGGAGGACUAGCUUACGCCGCCUGGAACUACUUUUCCUCCGCCGAGGAGGAGAAGGAGCGAGAAACUCCACCGGAGGAGGAGAGGGAGAAGGAAGAUGUCGGAGCGGAGAGAAGGGAAGAAACACCUCAAAUAGACGAUGAAGAGCGGGUGGAAGAGACCGUCUUGGUGGAGGCGACAGCGCCCCCUACAGUUGUCCAGCAGUCCUCUCCUGCUGCCUCGGCGCCGGGCCAGGUUCUGGUGCUGGGUCUGGAUGGGGCUGGGAAGACCAGCCUGCUGCAGUGUCUGUCCACGGGCUGCCCAGGGGUCGACGUGGAGCCGACCAAGGGGUUCAACGCCGUGUCCGUCACCAGAGAGGAGCUGAGCCUGCACUUCCUGGAGAUUGGAGGGUCCGAGGAGCUGCGUCAGUACUGGCCACGCUACAUGGGCAACGCCCUGCUGCUGGUGUUUGUGGUGGACUCCGCCGAUUCUGCGCGCUUCUCCGUUGCUAGGAGACAUCUCCACGAGAUGAUGGCGGCCGACGCUCGCCUGCCUCUCAUGGUGCUCGCCAACAAGCAGGACCUUCCCGGUGCCUGCUGCAUCACAGACCUUUACGAGGCGCUGAGCCUCUUGGAGGUCGGUGAUCGGAAGCUCUUCCUCAUCGGGACUCACGCGAAGGCAGGGGCAGCUGAACUCAGCUCAGGAGUCCAGGACGCCAAGGAGCUGAUCAUGCAGAUGGUCUGUGACCGGAAGUGAAUCUCAGCGACGUUGGUGUUUCACCAGGGCUCUCAGGUCCGAGUCAGGUGUGUCUUCAGGGCGCAUCUGGACUCGAUGCCUUCUGGAUGUUUGUUCUAAAGUUUAACCAAAGAUGCUUCUGUGUUACGGGAAACUGGGCUGUCUACGAAACCUUAAGCUGGACGGUGCCGUAGCUUUACGCUGUUUAACAGCAACAUUUUAAUAGUUAUGUAAAAGUAUUUUUUCAUUCUUAGAGAAUCUAUUUAAAUAUUUCCAAAUACAACGUUGAACUCUAUUUUACUAAGGAGGUAUUAAAAGCUCAAGUAUUUUCUGAACUGGGUCUGCCACUAGAGGGCGACAGAUCACGCCUCGUUACAUCCCUAACUGCGAGUGAACCUUAAACCCUAAAAAGUGAGGAUUGUUGAAACAUGAGCCACUUAUUUUUGUAACUCUAGUGUCUUCAACUGUGUUUGUCUGUGAACCACUUGGUACGUGAGUCGCUUCAUCAAUGUGACCAAAGGGAAUUUGUUGUUCCAGGGGUUUGUUACUGUGGUUUAACUUCCUCCAAAGGCGUGUUAGUUUCCCAAUUCACUGUUUUUGUGGGAUUUUCACUAAGAAAUAAAAGUUUCUAACCAUUUUUUUCCAUCAUUCGUCUUUUGUUUUUUCG